GACACCCUGAGAGAAGGUGAGGGCUCUGUCACUGUGCUCUCUGAAGCCAGAGCCCUCUGCUCUCAGCAGUGCCCUGUUUCUCUCUAGGGAACUCCUCUGGGUACCUUUCCUUCAGCUCUAAGCUGCCAGCAAGGAGCAGUGAGAACAGCCCUGAUGGGCAGAGCUGCUCUCUUGUCCCUGCACUGAGACCAUCCCUCUGCCUCUCACACCCACACCAUUUCACCUGCAGUGCAUUAGAAAUGUCAGGCAUUUCAAACACCCACAACCUCUCCUAACUGUGGCAGGUGUGACUGGAUGAACAAAUACAAGGAAUUCCCUCAGCACAGUUCUUCAGAUGAGCAAAUUGCCAACAGGAAAUCUGAACAGCUUUUUGGUGUAUCACGACUUCAGUUAAUUGGAGAUCAGCCAGUGUUCUUGUUUGCCUCUCACUGCACAAGAAGAAGGAAUCCUUCAGAGCCCAUUUGUGAGUCCCUGCUCUCAGUGCCUGCAAAUCCCAGAGCCCAGAUAAAAAUUUCCUUAGGCAGCAAAUGUCCAACAGCAGCUCCUUCAGCCACUUUCUCCUGCUGGCACUGGCAGACACGCGGCAGCUGCAGCUCCUGCACUUCUGCCUCUUCCUGGGCAUCUCCCUGGCUGCCCUCCUGGGCAACACCCUCAUCAUCAGUGCCAUAGCCUGCGGCCACCACCUGCACAGCCCCAUGUUCUUCUUCCUGCUCAACCUGGCCCUCACUGACCUGGGCUGCAUCUGCACCACUGUGCCCAAAGCCAUGCACAAUUCCCUCUGGGACACCAGAGAAAUCUCCUACUCAGGAUGUGCUGCACAGCUGUUUCUGUUUGUCUUUUUCAUUUCAACAGAGGUUUCUCUCCUGACCAUCAUGUGCUACGACCGCUACGUGUCCAUCUGCAAACCCCUGCACUACGGGACCCUCCUGGGCAGCAGAGCUUGUGCCCACAUGGCAGCAGCUGCCUGGGCCAGUGGCUUUCUCAAUGCUCUGCUGCACACAGCCAAUACAUUUUCCCUGCCCCUGUGCCAGGGCAAUGCCCUGGGCCAGUUCUUCUGUGAAAUCCCACACAUCCUCAAGCUCUCCUGCUCCAAAACCCACCUCAGGGAACUUGGGAUCAGUGCUGUUGGUGCCUCUUUAGCUUUUGGCUGUUUUGUGUUCAUUGUUUUCUCCUAUGUGCAGAUCUUCAGGGCUGUGCUGAGGAUCCCCUCUGAGCAGGGACGGCACAAAGCCUUUUCCACCUGCCUCCCUCACCUGGCCGUGCUCUCCCUGUUCCUCAGCACUGCAGUCUUUGCCCACCUGAAGCCCCCCUCCAUCUCCUCCCCAUCCCUGGAUCUGGCAGUGUCAGUUCUGUACUCGGUGGUGUCUCCAGCCCUGAACCGCCUCAUCUACAGCCUGAGGAACCAGGAGCUCAAGGCUGCCCUGAGAAAAUUGAUGACUCUGUAUUUUCUGAAGUAUUAAACUCUCUCAUUUGUGCUGCAGAGCCUUUUGAAUGUAACUCCUUGGAAACUCAGCCUUAUUGUUCCCUGUUUGUGCAUUUAUUCAUCGGUAACUUUUGCUACUGUUGUUGUGUUUUUUACAAAUACUGUAGUAUUACUUUUUGUAUUUCUACAUGAAUAUCUACCUUUCUUUUGAAACACAAAGACCUGCAAGAGGUCUGUUCCCUAUGUAUUUAAAUAAAAACAAGUGCCUGCCCUGACCUGUGUGUUCAGGAUCAUUCCUCACUACUUCUCUGGCUCUGCAGUGAAUGAUUUUGGAUACCUUAACACCUCAA